GCUUAACAGAACAUCCCUGAAAGGUCACAAAGUUCAAACAGCCACAAACCAUUUUGACACAUUGGUUUGGGUAGGAGCCCAGCAGCACAAAGUUAUAUUUUGAAAACAAAACACUUUGUGGGAAAAGAAAAUGGAGGCAAGGCCAGGGCCUGUGUGAUUGUAUAGCACUUCUCUAACAAUUGUCUUUGGGGGGAAAUAAUUAUGAUAGAUAUCUUCCUGUCAGCUGCGCAGGCAUUACUGUGCCAUGACAUAUUUCCUAAACAGAGCAUUGCAUUACUCUAAUGUCAAUGAAGUUGUAGCAUCACUCUGAAACCAGCAAGAAUUUAAAGCAAAAGGACUUGGAUAUGUUGAAUGCAGACACCGUGAGAGUUCUAAAACAAAAGGUAUAGCAGAAAGGAAAAGGAUGCUGGAGCAUCAUAUGGAUUGAUUUUCAUUUCUAAAUACUUGUGUCAAUCUCCACAACCCACACAAGCAAGAAAUUUUCAAGCCUUUUCUGUUACAAACAAAAGGUCCUAAUGGUCACGAGUGAGGGGGCCCUGUGGGUGUGGCCAGCUCUGCGUUGGCCCGUUGGGUCUGUGACAUCACAGGAGGCUGUGUGAGAUCAUGGCAGUUAUAUAAGGCCAUGGCUCAGGUGGGUCUGUUGUGGGUGGACGGAGAUUAUUGAGAGUUGGGUAGAGAUUGUUAUUGGAGAUUUGGUGAUUGAUUUGGUGCUAUGGGGAGUGUAGGAUGUCAUUACACUGUGCCAAGCAGUGUUCCUGGUGAGUGUAAUGAGGGAACAUCCUGGCUGGGACUCACGACCAGCUGGUACAGUUACAGACUACAAAAUAACUAUGAUGUGCUGGGCCUCAUGGAAAAAGGAAGCUUUAGCAAGGUGUUCUUGGUGUGACAUCAUGGCACACGGAAGUCCACCUCUACGAAAUCAUUCAAAAAAGCAGAGGAGCAAGCAGCCUACAUUACGAUGGAGGCUGGGAUACUGAAGGACCUUCAACACCCUAACAUCACACAGUUGCUGAAGGUUAUAGAAACUAAGGACAAAGAAUACCUGGUCCUGGAUUAUGUGAUGGGGCUCAAUCUGGGGCAAGAGAUCUUCCAGAGCAAGAGCCAGAGGCUGCAGAAGGAUGCCUGGAGGACUUUCCAAGACAUCCUGAGAGCAGUGGAUUAUUUCCACGAGCAGGGCAUUGUACAUGGGGACCUCAAGCCCCAAAAUGUUUUGAUCGACACCCAAGGCCAUGCUAAGGUAUGCUUUGGCUUCGGGUUCCGGUUCCUGCCCGGGCAGGAGGUGACUGCGGUUGGUGGCACACCAGCGUACUAUGCCCCAGAAAGAAUCUUGUACCAGACGUAUGAAGGCCCUCCCCUGGGUAUCUGGGCCCUUGAGUGAUAUUAUACGAGAUGGUUACUGGGGAUCAUCUCUUUCAUGGGGGUAAAUCCCAGAUAAUAUCCUUCAUGGGAUGGUCUCUUACCCCAACUUCAUCUCCAACAAUGCCAAAAAUCUCAACAAAAUCCUAAACCACGACCCCAUGAUGCAACCAAUUGUGCAGAACUUGCUGAAGCACCGGUGGAUCCAGGGUGUCCAGCCCCCCAGUCCUCCGGAGCCGCUCGCUGUGCCCACAAAGAGGGUAAUCCUCAGCUGUAUGGCUGGGAUGGGUUUCAACCCGUUAGUGGACACCCUGAGGAGGAAGAAGUAUAAUCAUGAGAUGGCAACUUUCCUGUUGCUGCAGAGCCAGGCCUUCAGCAUCCGGGUGAAGCCAGUGCAUAAGGCUGCAGAGAAAACAUCAUGGUGCCUGACAAGUACUGCACUGUCACCUCACAUCCCCUAGAGGAGGGCCAGUGAGCCUGUCCCCUGCACUGGCCGCUUAUGCCCCAGAAUGGAGCCCCGAGAAGAAGAGGGUGGCAGAGGCUCCUAGCCACCCAUGACCAUCCAGAGGACCCCAACUCCCAGUGUGUCCCCACAGCCUGGCCCUGCUGCUCACUCCCAGCCUGGCCCUGCAGCUCCCAGCCUGUCCCUGUCAUGCCCAUUGUCCUGCCAGCCAGGCCAUGGAGCUCCCCACUCUAGCUCCGGAACCAACUCUGCCCCUGCCAACAGUGGGCAUCGAUACUGGAAGGCUCUCAAGAGGAGCAUCACAGGCUGCCUACCGGCCCUUUGCUGCUGCUGCUACCUGCCACCCUGUGGGCACUGCCGACACAAGGCAGCCCCAAUGUAAGUAGCACCCAGCAGAGUCCCAGACAACCCUCAAUCCUAAAGGAGGCUGGGUGGUCCGGGUGCUUUCUGAGUGAGCUGUAUCCUGAUGAUGUCACCUCUCAUGGUCAGGGUAGAACUCGAGUGAGGCGGAGAGGGGAGAGGGAUGGAGGAGUCGUGGCCUGAGGGAAGAGUCUCAGAUGGACAUGAGGACUUGCUGUCGGGUCUACUGUAGCGUAGGGUGGUGGUGACCAAAGCCAAUAAUGCCUGGUGUAUUUCAGUGUCCAUUUCAUAUGUGUCCUUGUCAUCUUAGUACAGAGCCAUGAGGGCAGCUCCGUGGACGUGGACGUCCUCCCCAUGGCAGACCAGCCACAUGGGAGGAAGCCACAGUGAAUCACCCUGCAGCCCCGUCUAGGGAGCUAGAGGGAAAGGGUGUCCAGGACACCUGUGUUUCCUGGGGAGGGAGGAGGGUGCACAGCACGGAAGGCUGUGCUUGAGUCAAGAGCUAGGAUUCGGUGGGAGGAAGACGGAGGAGCAGCAGGAGGGGUCUCCCUGACUUGUGUGCCAUUGCCGGAGGGAGGCUGCCCUAAGAGCAGGGAGUACCCAGCACCUUGGAGCCCUCAGCCCACAGCCUCCUGACUGGGUGCAGGUAGAUGUGGGGCUGGGUGAGGGUGGGGUUAGUUGAGCAGAGCCGUGAUUUAUCCCGCCAUCCUCUGUGGUACGGAGCUUCUCUCUGCUCACCUCCUCACAUGUCCCUGUGUGAGGGUUUCCACCAAGGAUCCGCAGAGGCGUUGCUGGCAGGACGGUGAGCCCAGGUGAAGAGAGGCAGCCCUGUCUGUUCUGAGGACUGGGACACUGCUGUUCCCCUGGCCACCAUGUAGAAGCCUAGACUCAGCUGUGCUGUGAGCAGCCCAGGAGUACAGAGGCCACACUGACCCUCCGCCUGCUGAUUGCACGAUGGGAGCCACCCCAGCCCAGUCACCAGAGAGGUGUGUGGCGGCAUCUCUACAUCAUCCCAGUGUCAGCCACAGAGCAUCCUGGCCCAGAAGUCAGCACAGCUGAGUCCUGAGGACCAGGGCCAUGCCUCAGCCAAAGUGGAC